AUACCGAAAGAAACAAUUGAUAGGAGGACUCUGAAUCCAGUAUAGGAGGACUAGAGAUCACAAUACAAGCGAAUUCUUUGGGGACGAUUGGAGAAGAUGACAAUAGAAGAGGCAGCGGCAGGCCCUGCCGGCCCUAAGGUUCUCCGUCUGCUCUACUUUGUCGGCGCUGGAUUUAUUUGCACAGUUGGAAUCAACAAGUGGAGAGAAAUCGAGCGAAAAUCAAUCCUUGAACAACAGCAGCAAGAGAAGAAGAUGAAGAACGAUUUUCUGCCUCGAAGCUCAACAAAUUCCGUGCAGAAGGCCAUCAAAUGAUCAUGUCUCUUCCUCAGGUGGUCAUUUCCUUUUCUUUUUGUGUUGCAGAAUUUGUAGUAAAUCUACUAUUUUGUACUCGUAACAAAAUAACUCUUAAACAUUUAGGCAACACUCACUUCUUUUUAUCUGUGAUUUAAUUUCUUGAUAAAAUAUAUAGUUUUGGCUAAUUUAUUGC